CUUGGACGGGCCCGGGGGGGCCGGUGGCAGCUGUGGAUUGGGGGCGCCUGAGAAGAGUCGAAUAGGGGGAUGUUGUGCGCUGCGGUGUCCUUAGAAGGAGCAGGCCAAGUACUCGGAGGAGUUUUAUGGAGACGAGGGAAUGAGGAAUCCUGGGAGUAGCAAGGACUUAGGGCGAUGGUGGAGGUUACAGGGAACGAGGCAGCCCUAUAGGGGGCGACAGGGAUGUGCAGUAGUGGAGGACUCGCUUUAGAAGGGGACCAGCAGUGGCUUGAUUGGAAUAAGGCCCUGUAGGUCGAAAACGGAGGGUGAUGCUGGAGCCCCCGAAUUGUGGAGGAAAUGAAGGCUUUCUUGAUUGAAGUGAGUGAAUUCAGAUACAUAACUCAACCUUGUUAGAGAGCUUUUUAAAAAAUAAAAAGUUGAUUUGGUGCAUGAGAGCAAGUUACUGCUGCUUACUGUUCAGAGACUUACAGGUGCUUGCCUGCAUUGCAAUAAAAGACUCAAUAUUGAGCAAGACUUAUAUAUAUCUCUUCGUUUUGGAGAGCCUAAUAAACUAUUUCAGUUUCUCUACUGACUUUCAAGUUUUGAAGUUUGAAAGAGACAUCUUUACAUUUAAUACAGCAUGAGCACGGCCAGAACAGAGAACCCUGUUAUAAUGGGUCUAUCCAGUCAAAAUGGUCAGCUGAGGGGCCCUGUGAAACCCAGUGGUGGCCCUGGAGGAGGGGGCACACAGACACAGCAACAAAUAAACCAGCUGAAAAACACCAACACAAUCAAUAAUGGCACUCAGCAGCAAGCACAGAGUAUGACCACCACUAUUAAACCUGGUGAUGACUGGAAAAAGACUUUAAAACUCCCUCCAAAGGAUCUAAGAAUCAAAACUUCUGAUGUAACCUCCACAAAAGGAAAUGAGUUUGAAGAUUACUGUUUGAAACGGGAGUUACUGAUGGGAAUUUUUGAAAUGGGCUGGGAGAAGCCAUCUCCUAUUCAGGAGGAGAGCAUUCCCAUUGCUUUAUCUGGUAGGGAUAUUUUAGCUAGAGCAAAAAAUGGAACGGGCAAGAGUGGUGCCUACCUCAUUCCCUUACUUGAACGGCUAGACCUGAAGAAGGACAAUAUACAAGCAAUGGUGAUUGUUCCUACAAGAGAACUUGCUCUACAGGUCAGUCAAAUUUGCAUCCAGGUCAGCAAACACAUGGGAGGAGCCAAAGUGAUGGCAACCACAGGAGGAACCAAUUUACGGGAUGACAUAAUGAGGCUUGAUGAUACAGUGCACGUGGUAAUAGCUACCCCUGGGAGAAUCUUGGAUCUUAUCAAGAAAGGAGUAGCAAAGGUUGAUCAUGUCCAGAUGAUAGUAUUGGAUGAGGCAGAUAAGUUGCUGUCACAGGAUUUUGUGCAGAUAAUGGAGGAUAUUAUUCUCACGCUACCUAAAAACAGACAGAUUUUAUUAUAUUCUGCUACUUUCCCCCUUAGUGUACAGAAGUUCAUGAAUUCCCAUUUGCAGAAACCCUAUGAGAUUAACCUGAUGGAGGAACUAACUUUGAAGGGAGUAACCCAGUACUACGCAUACGUAACUGAGCGCCAAAAAGUACACUGCCUGAACACACUUUUCUCCAGGCUUCAGAUAAACCAGUCGAUCAUUUUCUGUAACUCCUCUCAACGAGUUGAAUUGCUAGCCAAGAAGAUUUCUCAACUGGGUUAUUCUUGCUUCUACAUCCAUGCUAAAAUGAGGCAGGAACAUCGAAAUCGUGUCUUUCAUGAUUUCCGAAAUGGCUUAUGCCGCAAUCUUGUUUGCACUGAUUUGUUUACCCGAGGUAUUGAUAUACAAGCUGUGAAUGUGGUCAUAAACUUUGACUUCCCAAAGCUGGCAGAGACCUAUCUCCAUCGUAUUGGAAGAUCAGGUCGCUUUGGUCAUCUUGGCUUAGCCAUCAACUUGAUCACAUAUGAUGAUCGCUUCAACCUGAAAAGUAUUGAGGAGCAGCUCGGAACAGAAAUUAAACCUAUCCCAAGCAACAUUGACAAGAGCUUAUAUGUGGCAGAAUACCACAGUGAGCCUGUAGAAGAUGAUAAACCAUAACAAGCAUGCUUUGACAAACUGAAGAAGGCUUGUUCGGAUCUGUGACACAUCAUUUUGGGGGGAUGCUCUUCUCUUUGUGGGUUUUUCAUCUUUUAUUUUGGAACUAUGAAGACUUAAAAGAGCUCAGACAUUUUUUUCUUUUUUUAACUGGUAAAGAGAGAAACCGAAAAAGAAGGAAUUUACCUUUUUUGUUCCACUUGUUUGCACUGUGUGCUGACUGAACAUUAGUUGCACUAACUGCUGGUUUUUUAAGUGUUUUUUGGGGAAGAAGGGGGACAAGGAAGGAGGAGAAAGAAGGGAAGAAGCCCUAAAAAGAGAAGAAUUUUGAUGAACAUACAAGCUUGUCUACAGUUCCAGAAUUCUCAAACAGCUGGUUCUUGAGUGCAUUUCAACUUCUCCCUGAUUACUCAUCUGUUAUUUAAGCCUGGAGAGCUUAUUACUUAUUUGUGCGAAGUGCCUUAUGCUAUGAGACCAUUCAGAAUAUCAUCUUUUAAACACAGCCCAAGAAAUCAACAGUAGUAAUUUCUUUCCUUUAAAAAAAACAAUUUUUUUUUUCAUUUUGGUUUCAAGUUGGAGUCUCUCUCUUCCCUUCCUACUCAAUGCUCAAGCCCAGGGCUGGAAGAUGAAACAUAUUAGUAAUGUUAAAUAUCAUUUCCUUUUUCUUUAAGUGGAGGAGUUGAUAAUGCAACUGCAGUUCAUCCGCACUGUAAAUACAUGUAUUUAAAAAAGAAACUCCCAAGUAAAAAUUUUUUCUGGGCUGAGUAGAUGCAACAUCAUCGCUCCCAAAGGAAAGAGCAGUCUAUAUCAUUGCAGGAGCCAUAUGACAAGCCUUUGUGCUCUAUAGCAGAACACUAAAGACUGGUUUACAUACGCCUCCAUUAGCAGUUAUGGCACUUGAUGUGUAGACAUGUCAGCCUUGACCCUCUUUCCUCUGUGGCAAAAUGUGUCCCAUAGAAAACUGGGUGUGUAUACUUGUAUAAACUUUGUAAAUAAGUUUUUUUCUGGGUUCAUAUAUAUAUAUGUAUAUGUAUAUGUAUAUAUAUACACACACAUAUAUAUAUAUACACACACACAUAUAUAUAUCUAUUUUUUUUUUUUGGAUGAAGGUUGCUGGGAUUAAGGGGAUUAGAGUGAUUAUGGGAGCAGCUAAAGAUGAGAGGGGCUCAGUUUUCCGCAACACUAAAUUCUAAAAAGUGCUUUGGCCUCCUAGUAUAGAGAGCAGACCUCUCUGGGAACCCUAUGGUGGAAAAGGGCCCCAGGUGUCCUCACUUUGCUGCCACACUCUCUCUCAUGUAGUACCUUCAGAGGAGGAGGCCUAUCAGAGGGUGCAAGGAAAUUCCAAAACUUAAUUUGUGGUGUUAUUUUUGAGAGGCUCUCUGAUUUUGCUUCUUCCCCCUUUUUAAAAGUUAGGAACUUUUCAAGCUUUGCAAAAGGAGACAGAUUAAUCUGCCUUGCAGUGUGGGGAUUCAGUUAAGUGGCAGUGUAUGUAUAGAGCAUGGGUUUGUGUUUCACAAUAUUAGCCAGUUUACCAACUUUGGUUAAAAUUAGCAGUUCUGGGCUUAAUUUCUGUGGAUCACCUGUACUGUACAAGUGUGUUGCCCUCUGCCCACCUUGAUACAUAAACUUGAGGAAUGGGCAACCUCUGAGAACUGUUAACUUUUAUGCUACAGAAAGCUGCUUGCUGUCCUCUAGCUUUGUGACCAAAAUUAUGUCAUUUUGCGUUGUAAAUUGCUGGCAAAUGCUUUACAGUCAGUAGUGUUGCAUUAAAUUGUGCCCCUCCCAACAUGCUUGAUGUUUGGCCUGAUCUCCAGGCAAAAGGAGUGAGCUGAAUCAAAACCAGUGAACUUUUUUAAAAAUAUUUUUAAUUCCCUUCUAACUCUGUACUAGGUCAAUCAGGAGGCAUCUAAGGUUUAAAAAAAAGACAAUAAGAAUGUUUAAAUUUUUUAUUUCCAUAUUUUGUUGUUUUUCAAAGCCCUAAAAUAUUAGAGCCCUGCAAAUGCUUUUAUGUUUGACUCAUCUAGAUAAAGAAAUAAGUUAUUUAUAGUUGCAGUUUUACUAUCUUGUUGUAAACAAAAACUUUGUGGCUCACCCAGAAUAUCUUGAGGAUCAGAGUCCUGCAGAUGCCUCCUGAUCAGACAUAGCCCUAACUCCUUAAAAACUAGCAAGAGCUGCACAGUACAAACUCAAAAAGAAUAAGCUCAUUUAUUUGGUAUCCAGCCAAUGUUGGCUACUAAAUACAAGUCAUUAUUAAAAGUAGCUUUUUCCCCCCAGGGAGUGAUGGGAGAAGAUUUAAAAGGCAUCAACUUUUGACCAAAAAAAAAAAUCUUGCCCUAGUACUGAUGCAGCACUCUUUUUCUCCUGCACCUCUGGCAAGAUAAGAGGGAUCAUUAUUUUUUAAAACUCGUAAAUGCAAUUUUGUGUCUUGCUAGAGAAUGUGGGUGACUAUAAACAGCACAGUCCUCUUUGCCAUCCUCAAGACUGUCUGCUUGGUGCCACAUGCCUGUGGGUCCUUAAAGCACAGACUUGAAAGUAUUACUGAAGUACAGCCUCUGGUGAGGAGUGGCACUUAAACUGUUGGGACACCAAUAUUGGACAGUCUCGUACAGGCAGCUGUCCAGUUUUGGUGCUUAACUCAUUGGAACAGGAGUUGUUGAAUGGAAAGAUGCUCUAAGAACUACUAGGUCAAAGCCUAGUCUCUUUUUAAAUCCCCCUUAACAAUAAGGAGCGUUUGUUACUAUUGGGAAUUUUCAUGUUCUUCCAGUAUUGGGUGUUUAUUUUUAAUGCUAACAUUUUUUCCACUGGUUCAUUUGGGUGAAAACUAUUGUUUUCAAUAUUUAAAUAAUGUCCAGCCCAUGGUUUAGCCUGUGGUUGUAUAGUUGUGUAAUGGGUUAUGGACUGUUACACACCUUGUUGCCUUUGGGCCUAUUUUAUUUUGUCUUUCUUUUUCCAUGCUGAUGGAGGAACUUUAUUGCCUUUCCCUUAGGAAUGGAAUAAAUUCCAAAAUGAUGUUCCAUGGGAAGAAAUAAGGGAGAGGAAAACCUAAAAAUAUAUCUAAAUUAUUUUCAAGUUGUCCCUACACCGUAAGGGUUGACCCCAAAGGCUGGGGGUGGGGGGAGGCAAUUGGUCAUCAAUAUUUGUCUUCAGAAUGAGAUGGGAGCAUCUUUCCUCUGCUGUGUGCUUUGUGUUUGAUACCAUCAUGCUUGGGUUAGAACCAGACAGCUCAGCACAAAGCUUGAGUGUAAAUUGUUGGAAUCAAAACAUCUCAUUCUGAUCACUCGGUUUAUUUAUUUUUAUUGUUUUAAUAGGGGUGGGAGGGAGGUGACUGCCCCAAAGGGAGGGUGUCUGCACUAAGGAUUUACAAACACUUUGAAAGCUCAAAACCUCAUCAGGAACUGCCUUGAACCACACUCCUGACCUUACAGAUGAGUAACAAAAAGAUGAAAUAAAUUCUCGGGAAUUAAGCCAUGUUAUUUUAAUUUGCCACUUUUUUCAGUGUUCUAUGUAUCUUAAAAAUUGUUAUUGUGGAAUCAUCCUUUGGCAAAAUAUCUUUGUCAAAAUUAUUGGGCUUGUGGGAGCUGAAGUCAGUCAACGUUUUGGUAAACUUAUAUGGACUUUUGUGAGCUUGUAGUUAUACUGUACAUCCUUAAAGAUAGUUCUUUAAAAACUCCCUAAGAAAAUCUACUCUCCUGAUCUAAAAACUCAUCUUUGGGGUAAAGAGUUAAGGGUCCAAAGUUUAGAACAGUUCAUGAGGUCAGAGGGAGCUAGCUGGGCACCUGGACUCUGCCCCCCCACAGCUGACAGAUUCUAACAGGAGGUGUAUUUAAAUUUUCUAAUACACAAUACUGGGGGGGGGGUAUUAAGAUACAGACCACCUGUAUUUUAAUCAACGGUUGUGGGGGAGGGGUGCCUGGAGAAAACAACGUGACAUCCCUUUUUUGAAAACUUAAAACCUGAAAAUUUUUGUUCAAAAAAGAAAAAAAAAAAAGAUGGGGUAGAAUUUAAUUGUCCCUAGCCACAAGGGACCAAUUCCACUGAGAUGUGAACAGCGGAGACUCAAAAAGUUUUGAAAACAUUUGGGGAAAGGGAAAAUUGGCUUUCUGUUAAUUGGCAAGUGUUCCAGUGGGACUUUUUUUUGGUUGGGAUAUGUUAUGUUGUAUGUGCAUAUAUAGACCAGAGUCUCUGCUGAGUUUAUCAAGUUCAGGAAAGAUGGUUAGUAAAAUAUCGAUUUUUGUUAAUUUAUCUCAAUAAAAGCCCACUGGAACUCCAAA